AUGUCUGAACAUAGAGAAAAACUCGACCUCAAGUCGUUACCUCACCACUAUGAUAAGCCAAUCAAGUUCGCCAUCAUUGGUGGUACCGGGUUCUAUGACUUACCAAACAUUAAACCUGUCGCUAGAUUGACCGUGUCCACACCAUGGGGAUUCCCAUCUUCUCCAAUCACCAUUUCUGAAACCGCUGACGGAUUUCCAGUUGCCUUCUUGGCCAGACAUGGUUUACACCACGACUUGUUGCCUACCGAUGUUCCAUCUAGGGCAAACAUCGCCGCUUUGAAGAGUUUAGGGGUAAAGGCGAUCGUUGCCUUCUCUGCUGUUGGUUCCUUGCAGCCUGAAAUCUUGCCCCGUGACUUUGUCUUACCAACUCAAAUAAUCGACAGAACAAAGGGUAUUAGACCACACACCUUCUUUGAGAAGGGGUUCGUUGCUCACGCGAUGUUUGGAGAGCCAUUCGACUUGAGGUUGAACAAGUUAAUCAGCGAGUCGAUUCCCACCUCUGGCUUCUUAGAACAGCACGACUCCAAGGCCGUUCCUACCUUCCACACCAAACACACCACCAACAAGGGCGAGGACUUAACUGUCAUCUGUAUGGAAGGUCCACAAUUCAGUACUAGAGCCGAGCUGAGAUUAUACAGAACCUGGGGUGGUUCAGUCAUCAAUAUGUCAGUCUUACCAGAAGGUAAGUUGGCCAGAGAAGCUGAAAUUUCCUACCAAAUGAUUUGUAUGUCCACCGAUUACGAUUCUUGGAAUGAAAGUGAAGAGCCUGUUACUGUCGAAACUGUUGUUGGUAACUUAAAGGCAAACGGUGCUAACGCUGCCAAGGUUGCAGCCGAAUUGAUUAGGGUUGUCACCCAUGACUUAGAAAACAAUAUCAGUAAGAUUGGUGAAGAUUUGGCUGGCUCUAUGAAAUACUCGGUUAGUACAAGUCCACAUGGUGUCAAGAAGGAAUUAUUGGAGAAAAUGCACUUCCUCUUACCAGGCUACUGGCCAGUCCACUAA